CCUUGGGCGAGCCCGGUCCUCUGCGGAGAGCGCCCCGCCCUCUGUGAAGGCCCGCCCGGGAAUUGGCGGCGGCGCUGCAGCCAUUUCCGGUUUCGGGGAGGUGGGUGGGGUGUGGAGCGGGACUUGGAGCCGCCGCCGCCGCUGCUGCCGCUGCCGCCGCCCACAGAGCCUGCCUUGCGCUUGGUGCUUGCCAGGAAGAUGCGGCCGGGGCCCGGAGGCUGCUGCUGUCGCCGCACGGUGCGGGCGAAUGGCUGCGUGGCGAACGGGGAAGUACGGAACGGGUACGUGAGGACCAGCGCCGCAGCCGCAGCCGCCGCCAGCCAGAUCCAUCAUGUUACACAAAAUGGAGGACUAUAUAAAAGACCGUUUAAUGAAGCUUUUGAAGAAACACCAAUGCUGGUUGCUGUGCUCACAUAUGUGGGGUAUGGCGUACUCACCCUCUUUGGAUACCUUCGAGAUUUCUUGAGGCAUUGGAGAAUUGAGAAGUGUCACCAUGCAACAGAAAGAGAAGAACAAAAGGACUUUGUGUCAUUGUAUCAAGAUUUUGAAAACUUUUAUACAAGGAACCUGUACAUGAGAAUAAGAGACAACUGGAAUCGGCCAAUCUGUAGUGUGCCUGGAGCCAGGGUGGACAUCAUGGAGAGACAGUCUCAUGAUUAUAACUGGUCCUUCAAGUAUACAGGGAAUAUAAUAAAAGGUGUUAUAAACAUGGGUUCCUAUAACUAUCUUGGAUUUGCACGGAAUACUGGAUCAUGUCAAGAAGCAGCUGCCAAAAUCCUAGAGGAAUAUGGAGUUGGAGUGUGCAGUACUCGGCAGGAAAUUGGAAACCUGGACAAGCAUGAAGAACUAGAGGAGCUUGUAGCAAGGUUCUUAGGAGUAGAAGCUGCUAUGGCGUAUGGCAUGGGAUUUGCAACGAAUUCAAUGAACAUUCCUGCUCUUGUUGGCAAAGGUUGCCUGAUUCUGAGUGAUGAGCUGAACCAUGCAUCACUGGUUCUAGGAGCCAGACUGUCAGGAGCAACGAUUCGAAUCUUCAAACACAACAAUAUGCAAAGCCUAGAGAAGCUAUUGAAAGAUGCCAUUGUUUAUGGUCAGCCUCGGACACGAAGGCCCUGGAAGAAAAUUCUCAUCCUUGUGGAAGGAAUAUAUAGCAUGGAGGGAUCUAUUGUUCGUCUUCCUGAAGUGAUUGCCCUCAAGAAGAAGUACAAGGCAUACUUGUAUCUGGAUGAGGCUCACAGCAUUGGCGCCUUGGGCCCCACAGGCCGGGGUGUGGUGGACUACUUCGGCCUGGAUCCUGAGGAUGUGGAUGUUAUGAUGGGAACAUUCACAAAGAGUUUUGGUGCUUCUGGAGGAUAUAUUGGAGGCAAGAAGGAGCUGAUAGACUACCUGCGCACACAUUCUCAUAGUGCAGUGUAUGCCACGUCAUUGUCACCUCCUGUAGUGGAGCAGAUCAUCACCUCCAUGAAGUGCAUCAUGGGGCAGGAUGGCACCAGCCUUGGUAAAGAGUGUGUACAACAGUUAGCUGAAAACACCAGGUAUUUCAGGAGACGCCUGAAAGAGAUGGGCUUCAUCAUCUAUGGAAAUGAAGACUCUCCAGUAGUGCCUUUGAUGCUCUACAUGCCUGCCAAAAUUGGCGCCUUUGGACGGGAGAUGCUGAAGCGGAACGUCGGUGUCGUUGUGGUUGGAUUUCCUGCCACCCCGAUUAUUGAGUCCAGAGCCAGGUUUUGCCUGUCAGCAGCUCAUACCAAAGAAAUACUUGAUACUGCUUUAAAGGAGAUAGAUGAAGUUGGGGACCUAUUGCAGCUGAAGUAUUCCCGCCAUCGGUUGGUACCUCUACUGGACAGGCCCUUUGACGAGACAACAUAUGAAGAAACAGAAGACUGAGCCUUUUUGGUGCUCCCUCAGAGGAACUCUUCCUCACCCAGGACAGCCUGUGGCCUUUGUGAGCCAGCUCCAGGAACCACACUUCUAUGGCCAUCUCAUGUGAAAGACAUUGCCUCAACUACUGAAGGUGGCCACCUCCACUCUGAAUGACAUUUUGUAAAUAGUAAAAAACUGCUUCAAAUCCUUCCUUUGCUAAGUCUCACCUUUAAAAACGAAGGUGACUCACUUUGCUUUUUCGGUCCAUUAAAAAAACAUUUUAUUUUGUAACCA